AUGCCUUACAACACCCGACGCAAAUCCCUCUCCUUGCCCUCGCUCGGCAUCCACGUCCCGGUCUCCAAAGACUCAAGAGCCGCCGCUGCCGCAGGCAAAGCCUCAAAAGAACAAAAGGACUCUUCUCACACCAGCUCCCACACACGAUCAAACACAGCAGCAAACAUGGCCUCGCCUACUCCAUCAAAUACAAGCAGCUCGAAAGCGGAGUCUACCUCCUCCAAGAAGCUCAAGCGCACGCACAGCGCUGUCGAGACCGAGGGCCGCGCGCAUCCGUCCGAACCCCAACAGAAGAAGCGUGAGGAGCGCGAGACUGUCAGGUUUCAAAACACACCCCCUCCCUCCCCCGGCGGGGCGCGCCAAUCUGUCGAGUGCGACGAUCCUCCUAGGCCAAUUGACUUUGAGGCUAUCAAUGAUGACAUCGUCGAAGCCGUUAUCGUCCAGCUCCAAAAUACCGGCAACAGGCCGCACUUGGUCAAGGAGCUUGCCGCAGUCUUGAUGCAGCAGUUGAAGAUUGUUCAACAAUCUGCCAACCCAUGUGCCAUUGUUUCGUCUCGCUUGUCUACAUUCCUCAAGAGGACGUGCUGGAACGUCUCGUCUCCGUGCCCAAUUGCCAAGGAGCUCGAGUCUGUUCACCCGCGCCGCACAUAUUUCUAUCUGACCACAUGCCCCCACCAGCCGCUCCCCGACCCGGCUCAGGCGGCUGCGCUAAAUCUUGCCUCGCGCGCUAUCAUCUCGCCUAGCAUCUCAAGCGCCGCAUCAGGGACCGAUGAGUCCGACCUGGACCGACGACGUGAGCUUAGCCCCAGCCCCGAGGUGGAUCUCUCGAGCCCCGAGUUUGACGACAUGGAGGACGACGUCCCCAUGCCCAGCACACCAAUUGGCUCAUUCUCCACACGCUACUGCCUGUCCGGGGCCCACUCCUCGAACAACAGUCAGAACGGCCGCAAUCACCGCGCCGUCUCUCCUCCGCUUGAGAAGGACGAAAAAGAGUUCACACAGACAGCUACUGGCCUCCAAAAACGGAAACUCAACGGUGAACUCUCCGCGUCUUCCCCUGUGAACACCGCUAUGGACAUUGACUAUUGCCCCAAGGAUGACAAUGUGUUGUUCGGUGAGCGGACCUCGUAUCUUACGAGUCCUGCGAUGAAGCCAUCCUCGACCAUGAUGUCCUUGAACUACGGCCGUAAGGAAUUGGGCGGUACGAGUGAGUCCGAGAGCUGGCGCAAGCUCGAUGCGAUGCUCGAGUGGGAUCGCAACCCAGAGAACAUUGAGCUCGAUGAGCUUGAUUGCCUCCUGGAUGAUUUCUAAAUCUCCUUUUUCCCAC